AUGGGUCCUGACAGAAACGUCACAACGAAAAGACUCUUAGAAGGCAAGGAUCCAAGGGACAUGCUACACUUAAUUUAUGAUCUCAGUGACGGAACAAGUGAGCGCGUGAUGGGACAGACGGAGUAUGAUAUUGCCCUCAAGCGGGAGAAACCACCAAGAAGACGAGACCGGCCCGAAGAAGAUUUCGGACGAAUGCCUCCUAUUGGACCGUUUAUGGACUCGUUUGCCCUGGAUGAACUCAUUCCACCGGGAUUUGAUAGAGAAUCAUUCAAAAAAGGCUUCCAACUUUGCCGGGACAUGAGAAAAUAG